CCGUGGGUAGCUGGGUGCGCGGCGAUGGCUGGGCCCGGGGCGUGGGGCCGGCUCCACUUACUGCUCCUCAGCGUCAGCUCCUGGUCCUUGAUAUCAGCCCAGGUGAUGGACACACAAACCAUUCAAGUGCCUGAGAAUGACCCAAUUGAUAUACCCUGUACUGCGUACGUAUCGCAAAGCGGAACACCCAGGGUCGAGUGGAAGUUUGAAAAGGGCUCUUCAAUAGUGCUAUUCUACUAUGAUUCGAAAUUCACAGACCCCUACAAAGACCGUGCUCAGUUCACACCCACAGGGAUUCAUUUCACUUCGGUGACUCGGAAGGACACGGGGAAGUACAUCUGCGAGGUCCUCUGGACCGGGAGCGUGGGCAUUGGCCGACUAAAUAAGUCAGAAGUUGACCUCAUCGUCCAAGAUGCCUCUCCACCUCCUACCUGCCAAUGCUACAGGUACGACGUCCUUAUGACCUCCAACCCCAAGAUCAACGAGAAAUUCAGGAACUCCUGCUACGCGAUCGACACCAAGACAGGAGCGCUGAUGAAUGAGCCCGUAACCAGCUUCAACACGGGGGAUUAUUUUUGCGAGGCUCAGAACAACGUUGGGACCACUCAGAAAUCGGAAGCCAUCCACUUGGACGCCAGAAACGUCAUUUCCCACAAGGACAUGAAAGCGCUGGUCGACAGCAGGAAUGCUCGGAUUAUCGACGUGCGGUUGCCGGAGGAGGUGGCGAACGGCCAUAUCGCCAACUCAGUCAAUAUUCCAGUGACAGAAGUCGAGGAAGCCCUGAAGAUGGACCCUGAGAUGUUUAAGAUGAAAUAUGGCAUGGACAAGCCACGGAUGGAUGACGAGAACUUGAUCUUCUACUGCCAGAGGGGCAGGAGAGCAGCUCAGGCCACAAAGAUCGCCAUAACCCUCGGCUACGCCAAGGCCCGUAACUAUGAAGGCAGCUACAAGGAAUGGUCUGAGAAGGAAGGGAAGUGAAGUGGGAAUGACUCCGCGAGGGCUGGUGUCU